GCCGCGGGCGCGGAGCCCGCCCGGCCCCGGCAGCGGAGCCGCGGCUGCCGUGGGGCCAUGGCCCUGCUCCCGCGGCGCUUCCUCUGCUUCGUGCUGGCCCAGCACUUCAUCGCGGCCACGGCGUGCCAGGAGGCCGACUACGGCUGGAUGAUCCGCCACUACUGCCUCAAGGACUUCCAGGACAGCAUGGAGGGCAUCGGCCAGCGCCUCUGGUGUGACUGGGGCGAGACCAUGGGCACCUACGGGGAGCUCACCAACUGCACGGCGCUGAUCGCCGAGAAGCUCGACUGCUACUGGCCCAACCGGCUGGUGGACGAGUUCUUCGUGGCCGUGCACAGGCAAUACUUCAGGAACUGCUCGCCGUCGGGCCGGGCGCUGCACGACCCCCCGAACGGCGUGCUGUGCCCCUUCAUCGUGCUGCCCGUGCUGGUGACGCUGCUGAUGACGGCGCUGGUGGUGUGGCGGAGCAAACGCAGCGAGGGCAUCGUGUAGGGGCGGCGCGGCCGGCAGGGGAGGGGCGGGCGGGACUCCCCUGGAGCUCGGGAGGAGCCGGCCGGAGGAGCAGCGCCGAGCCCCGGGGCAGGGACGGCGCCGCCGCCGCUGCUCCUCCGCCCGUGUGCCCGCCGGUCCCGCUCAGUGGCCCUGAAGCGGCGGUGCUGGCGGAGCGCCGCUCGCCCCGCGCCGGCCCGGCUCUGCUCCGCCGCUCCCCUCCCGGCAGCGAGCGCCGAGCAGGGGAAUUUCGAAGGGAAAAAACCGCAGGGGCGUGUGGGGAGCUGAAAUCCUGCCAGCCCCGCGGCGCCAGCGUGGCAUCGACAGCGUGAGACCAGCGGGUCUGGGUGUGCCUGAACAUCCUCGGCUUCCCCCACGCGUGGAAAGGCAUCUUCUCCCCCCGCCACAAGGACCGCGUUCUGCCUGGGAGGUGGGGAACAACGUGGGGAGGAGUGGCGCCGCUGCUGCCCUGGGGCUACUAACAAGGAAUGGGAAUAAGGUGCUUUUCCUACCUAAAUAAAUAAACACGAAUAAACGAGG